AGCAAAAGAGCCAGUAGAGGAUACAGAUCCAAGCACUCUUUCCUUAACAAUGCAGAAUUACACUCAACAUUUGUCUCUUGCCUUUUUGUGACAGACUGAAAAAUAUCCCGUCCAAGACACAGGAGUACCUAAAGAUGAGGAAUACCUAACAGAUCAAGUAACAUUGGAAAUUGCAUCUGUGAACAUCCGGAGUCUUACGUCAGAUACUGGCCUAGUCCAAGAGAAAACUUGGAGAAGAGAAAUGAAUGAGCAAUGUCCAGCGAGAAGAAGAAUUAAAAGGAGUUCCUUAUGCCAGAGUCCCAGCUGACUUUCAUCAAACAAACAUGGGUUUGGUAUGCAUUUCACAGAUGAUGGAGCCAGAAAACAAAGACUCGCAAAACCAUACUGAUGAAUCACUUUCAGAUCUCAAGAAAAGCAGCAAAGAAAAUGGCACUUGCUCCUUGUGCUUAUUUCGUGCACCGACCAUCAGUGACAUGCUCAAUGAUGAAGACUUGUUGUACACAGUGAGGCUAAAGCUGGAUCCCUGCCAUCCAACUGUGAAAAACUGGAGAAACUUAGCAAGCAAGUGGGGGAUGACUUACGAUGAAUUGUGUUUCCUUGAACAGAAGCCCCAGAGUCCUACCUUGGAGUUCUUGCUACGGAAUAGCGACAGGACUGUGGAGCAGCUGAUUGAGCUCUGUAAAUUUUAUAAGAGAGUUGAUGUUGUGAAAGUGCUGCUGAAAUGGGUGGAGGAGGAAUGGCCCAAGAGAGGAAACAGAAAUUACCAGAAUGACUUGUAGGUCGUAGAAGGUUUAGUCACGGCUUGUUAAAUGUUGGGACUAGCUGCCACUAGUAGAUGGGAAGCUUCCCUUGUGAGAGGCAGAAUCUGUACGGACAGUUCGUAUACUGUGUAAGCUUUAUGUACUGUAUACACAUAUAUAUGGUCUGUGCCCUCAGGGUUGCAAAGAUAACCUUUCAAAAGUGGAUGGAAUAAUGCAGGUUGUGUUCUUGCAUCUGCAAAUGCUUCCUAAGCAGCAGAAGAAUGAAAAACCUAGACCUCUGGUUUUACUGAAGCAGUUGCAAACCAUGUCAGUUGUGUGUUGUUGCUGUUGGGGAAGCCCCAAUUAGAAGGCAAGUCUGCCUUUCUGGCAGCCCUUCCACAACUUUUGUGUAUUUUACCUGUUAGAAGAUGAGAGGGUGUUUUUUUUUUUUGUCUGUUCGCCUUUUUUUUGUUCUGUGUUUUGUUUUGUUUUGUUUUUUCAAGCUUUAUGACACUGUUUUUGGCACAGGAACACCUCAGUGUUCCAAGUAGCAGUUUGGAUUUGCAUAUUUGAAUUAAUUCUAUGUUUGAACAUCACAUUCAGGUGGCAAAAUUAAGUUUUGAAUCUCUUUUACAAACAAGACUAGACACUGAAGUAAUUGUAUACUUAUACAUCAUAGGACGUAUAUUUGCUAUGAAGAAAUCAUGCAAUUCAGAGAGACUUUCCAGACCAUAACUUUAGGGAUUAAAAAAAAAACACAGAAGGAGAAGAAAACAAAACACAAUAAAAAUGUUUGAUAUUUAAAAUUAGUUUUCAUAGUUUUGAAGAAACUUCACUACGAGUAUUCUUAUCUGUUUGUCUCAAAUGUCUCUCAUUUUGCAGUGUGAGGUGACAGCAAAUGCCUCACCAACAGUAUAUCCUUAGUUUUGAGUAUAACUUUCCUGUUUGUGAACUGUGGUUUUCUUCGGAGUCCUCCUGUGGGCUGACCACUUUCUGUCCUAUACCAAAGUAGUUGCACACUUGCAUGAAACUAGCACAAGUUUAUGUAUUGAUUAAAGCCACUCUAGUGGGAAAUUCACAGGUGGAUUCACCUACAGCCUAUGUGGAUGGUUAUUAAAGCACUCUAUGGAUUUAGACUAAUGUAUCUCAAGGGAUUUUGAUACUCUGAAUUAUACUGUUUACAUUCAAAAUA